AUGAGAAAUUUGAAAUUCUACUUUUUCAUUUUCAAGUUUCAUUUUAUAUUAUGGUAGGUUUUUAUUUUUGUGGUGAAAAAAAGAGCUUAUGCGAAGUUGAAAUUUUUUCAGAUUUUUUUCAUUCUCAGAGAUUUCCUGAAAAAGAUUUCCUAAUUUAAAAUUCCCAACAAAAGUUAUUUUCCAGAGUUCCCUUGUAAAUCUGAAAAUAACAGAAUAUUUCAGCAUCGCUAAAAAACGUGGUCUUAUUUCAUCAGGUCCGUGCACAUUUCCACUUCCACCUUCAACGGAAUUUCGAGCUUUUUGUCAAAUCGAUUAUCACAAUGUGAGAAUUUGAAAUCUUACAGUUAGUUCAAAUUUUAUUCAGAAAUUAUUUUUAAAGGUUUCGUAUGUUUGUGAUCCGGGUGGAAUAUUAUCUCGAACCGAAAUUGAAAUAUUACACGAAACGGUUAAAAAACUCAACAUGACAUCGUGUUUUUGUAGUCUGGCUAAUAAUAGAAUUUGUGAUGCGGGUAUUAAAAUCGCCAUUUUGCUACUACCUACAGUAAAUUGGCAAAGGUAAGUUUUCCGUUUUAUUUUUUUCGUAUGAAGUAUAAUCUUUUGGUAAUUCAGCAUUCAAGAAUGUGAUCCACUGAUUCCACCAUCUUCAACAAUUUCACAUUCAACUAUAAUUUAUGCUCAACUUCUUUCGGAUCGUUGGAAAUCUCAUUGUGAUUAUGAUGUCAUUUUUGUUUAUUUUCAAAAUUUACAAACUGGAUUGAGAACUCCUUUACUUAUACCAAUAUUUGGGUAUGUUUUGAAAAGAGAGAGUUAGACUACAAUUAAAGUAAAUAUCUUAAAAAUUGGAACACAAUAGGUAUGGUGAAAUCCUCAUGGGAAUUUAUCUCGAAACUCAAAAUACUUUGAAAAAUUGUUCAAAAUUCAAAAUUGUGAAUUUAGCGAUCAUUGGCCACACCUUCGCCGAUUCUCAAUUCCAAUCAUAACAUCAACACGAGAAUCAACUCUUGUCUCCCUUCAAAAUGCAAUGUCCCAAGCAAAUCGACUAAUUCAAAUUGAUUCAAGUCCAGCACAUGCUGCAAUUCCAAGAUGGGCUCUUGCUUUGGGUGGAAUUAUGUUAUCAGUUGUUGUUGCGGCUAUUUAUAUCGCAAAUUGUAUAACUGAGAGAAUGGGACAGAGAAAUCAGAAAUCAGUUAUUCCAAAACGAGCAAAUGAUAAAUAUCGAGCUGGAUUUGGUGGAGGAGUUAUGAUGAAUAAUGGAAGUCAGAAGAAAAAAUCAGUUAUGAUGUUUAGAACUUUUUCAAAAUCAGCAAAACAAACUACUAAUAAUAAUCGUUUAUGA